AUACUUUUAGAAAAUUUGAAAAAAGAAAUAACGAUAUGUAUAUGUGGAAGCAAAUAGUUUUAAUUUCUUUCAUAACAGCGAGUUUUUUAACGCUUGUUGUUGUGGCAGCCCUAUCAGAUAGUCUGGAUUUUAAAACUUUAACUGUACCUUUAUUCGAAGUGGGUGAAUUUUGCAAGCAUGCUGUUUCCACUGUAACUACAGAUGGCUGGAGUGACCUGCUUGCACGUAAUUAUCUGGACUUUUUCCUUUUAUUUCGUAUUGGAGUAUACGCCACACUGGCUUAUGUGACGAUUAGUAUUUUGCGCUGGCUAUACCAGUUUCUCUUCUGCAACAUGGAUCGGACACGUGUACUGGGGACCACUGGAUAUGUACCCGAUGGUGUACUCAGUAUGAAAGAAAUCGCUAACGGUGUACGUCGGCGAAGACGAGUCGGGGAUAUUCCACCUGUUUAUCCCAAUGGCUGGUUCGGAUUAAUAGAAUCUCACAAACUGGCAAUCAGACAGACCGUUCCUAUAAGUAUAUUAGGUUUAAACCUGGCUUUAUUUCGUGAUGAAAAAGGGAAUGCUCAUGCUUUGAAUGCUUACUGUCCACAUCUUGGAGCUCACUUGGCUGUAGGAGGAAGAGUUCUUGGCAAUUGUAUUGAAUGUCCAUUUCACGGAUGGCGCUUUCGUGGAGACGAUGGCAAAUGUGUAUAUAUUCCUUAUGCUGAUAAAAUACCAGAUGUGGCGCAGGUCAAGUCAUGGCCUAUACAAGAUGUUAAUGGAUGGAUAUAUCUUUGGUAUCAUGCUGAAGGCUUGGAACCAACAUGGGUUAUUCCCGAAAUUGAAGACAUAGUCAAAGGCAACUGGACCUACAAAGGACGCACAGAGCAUCAUGUUAAUGCCCAUAUUGAGGAAAUCCCUUUGAAUGGUGCCGAUGUGAUUCAUUUGAACCAAGUCCAUGGACCAGGUCUUGUAGCUGGUGUAGAUCUAAGACACAUGUAUGCAAGAUUCUGGGAAUUCAUAAAACAUAUUUGGACUGCAACAUGGGAACCCUAUCCACCACCUGAUGGUCAUCUUGCUUCCAUAACAUUAAAACAUUGUUUAAAUCUGUGCGGAGUUCCAUUUAAAAUGCUCAAUUUAGAUGUAUUUGCCAGACAGAUUGGACCAGCAAUUGUCUACUUGGAGUUUCGGAGUAUAUUUGGUAAAGGAAUAUAUAUUCAGAGUGUCAUUCCAACCGAACCAAUGGUGCAGAAAGUUGUUCAUAAUAUCUAUGUUAGCAAAAGUGUACCUACACUAUUUGCAAAGUUUCUUUUAUUAGCAGAAGCUAUUCAAUUUGAACGUGACAUCAUGAUUUGGAACAACAAGCAGUACCAACACAAACCUGUUUUUGUGAAAUCAAAAGAAGAUUCCCUGAUGAUGAGACACAGAAGAUGGUUUUCUCAGUUUUAUUCAGAGAAUAGUCCUCGGAUGACAUUUCAGAAAGAAAGCCUAGAUUGGUGAUCCAACAUUUCUUUCAGCAGACACUUUUCUUUAUUAACCUUACAUUUUCCUCAUGUACAAAUGAUAUGAACCGACUCUUAUCAUAUCUCUGACUUACUGAAGAUGAGUUGUGAUUUUAUGAAAGCAAGAUAUUAAUACUUGUUCAACUAUUUUCUCCCCACCACCCAGCUCCACUUCCUUCAUCCAGGGCUCAGAGUAAAGUUGUAUUUUUCUUUUUAUUUAAAUAUAGUCCAUUUUAUUUUUUUAUUUUUUGCUUUUAUUUUUUAGUGAGAAUUAAUUACUUAAUUAACUUCAUCAAGUAAUUUUAAUAUAUCAUUUUCAAAUGAAACUGUAAGAUAAAAAUAUAUUUGGAAUGACUUUUGUUGUCUUCUUCUGAAAAAAUGCAAUAGGGGGGGAGUGGGGAAUAUGAAAAAUAAAGGCAUGCAUACACACAUGCACACUCACACAUUCAUGCACACACACACACUUACAUGCAUACAUAUACAUACAUACAGACAUACAUACAUACAUACAUACAUACAUACACACACAUACACGAUUAAUGAAUAGAACGGUGAAAAUAAUGGAUGUAAAAUAAAAUAUACCAAAUGUAUAGAAAAGAAGAAAUCAUAUUUUUUUGUCUGUUCAAAUCUAUUUAUUUUGAAAUUCAUUAGUUGGGCAUUUUAUAUUUUAAAAAAAUAAAAAUUCAAUUUUGUUAGGUUUUCAAACUAACACAAUUUUUCUUUGAACCUUAAAAAAAAUGAAAUCCCCAAGUAAAGGAGUUAAUGGUUUGAGAAUAUCCAAAUCCAAAACAAAAUGUAUAUCAUGUUAUUUCCCCAUAUUAUAUUGACAUUUCACCCCAAAGACAUUUGAUUUUAAUAACCAGUUACAGGUACUUUGAACAUUCAUUUAUUUUCUUGUAGUUAACGAGUAUUAAUUGGAUCAUUGUUAAGUGUGUGAAAAAUACACUGUUUUACACAACUUAAAAUAUACCUUGCUAAUUAUUCUUUGAAAAAUUGUUAUUAUUUGCGAAAAUAUUAUUGUAUAAAUUUUCAAUAAAAUUUA